GAACACUGUCUGUACAGUCCUGUGGAUCUGCACUGCUAAUGGAGUAUCAAUCGAUCCAUCUCGCCCACCAGCGGAUGCAUGGAUGAUGACGAUGGCAAUGGCAAAGAACAUCGUGGCAAUGCUCUGUAGUGGUUCUCUCUCUGUGUUGGGUCGUUUUCAAGGUCACCAGGAGGAUCCUUCCCGUCGUACCUGUACCUCGUCAGGUAUCGAACCCCCAAUCACUUCGUGUUCAGAAAGGGAAAAGGGCAGGUAAGACUGGAGGGAGUACACAGUAGUAGUAUGUGGCUCCCACUUCCGAAGACAGG